GAACAAGGAAAUUAUAAUUGUAGUGAAAUCGGUGCUAUUUUCGUACAAUGAUAGGACACUAUAACGUUUGGUGUUUGAACGCUUUUUGGCCACAAUGUUAAUGUUAUUGAUAAAUCUGUUUUUCUCAUGGCUACUACUUUCGCAGAAAUGCAUUGUAGCAGAGCAUUACGAAAGAAGAGUUGCCCAGUAUCACGUAAGAUAUGUUUUUGAAGAAUUUCGCUGUAGCUGGUCCAAUCUGAUGAGCUAUCUUCCAGAGUCUCGGAGCCACAGUGUUGGAUGUUAUGCAACAAUUGACUACCUUAGCUCACAUCCUGCAGCAAACCAUUCGCUCACUAUCCAACUGAAUUCGGGAAGCCAGACUUUGACCGGAUCCCGUAGUGUGAAAGUAUGUCAUUUGCGGGAAACUGCAGUGAAACUGAAUUUCUCUUGCAGGAUAUCUCAAACCGCCCAAAUUGAUGAGUGGUGUUUUUCAAACAACGAUUGUGAACCCAGAAAUUCGGUUUGCAGAGUUAGAAAUAUCUAUGGACAGUGUGCUUGUCAAAACGGGACCAUGCUUGAUAGGGGAAAGUGCUUGAAACGUAUGGGUCUUCGAGAACAAUGUCAGAACAAUGAAGACUGUGGAGUUUACAAUGCACAUUGCAAGCACAACACGUGUCGAUGUAAGAAUGGUUAUUAUGAAUUUCAUGGGAAUUGCAUCAAAGAAAACGUUUCAUUUGCAUGACCAUGCCUAAUCAACAGACAGUGUGAGUGGUUUGGAGGAACGUGUGAAAAUGGCGGAUGUGGAUGUCCUUACGGUCAUUACCAUUGGAACGACACAUGCAUAAAA